AAAAGGGCAAACACUCGCACUGGAAGCAUCAGCGCCAGCAGUAGCAGCAGUAGCGGCGAUGGCUGCAUGGGAGAGGCCGUUGGCGAAAGCAAUCAGGAAUGUGAAGCCAACGAAGGCGGUGCAGAGAAUGGAGAGGAUGCUAUCAAUGGUCAUAGCAACAUUCCUGAUGGUGACGAGUACAUCGCCACUGGUAUUGAAUGCCGGAUGCUGUCGGCUGAUGCAGGGUUGAGCAACUCCGAAACUCGCAAGUCAAGAGGAGAGGUUGUGACGACAAAGUUGGUAAAGUGUCUACCUUCGAGCGACUCAUCCUCGACUCUCUUUGCCAACAGCCUCAGUGAGCAGGAGAAUGGAGACAGUUUUUCCACUGUUGUAGCCGAGUCCUCUUCUAUCACCAUCACUUCCUCGCUUGCCAGUUGCUUCCGUUGGGUUGAAAACGUUCUGGACGAGACAAGCGAACAUCUGCCGGGCGGUUUAGCGAGUGGAGCUGGUGUUGUGUCGGCCAGACGUCUGGCACCAUUGGCAUCCUGUGAAGUGGUAACGGAGGAGCGGUCUGGCUCUGAAGAGGAGGCGCUGGGCAAUUCGGCGUUGGGGGCUGCCUGGACACCGGAAGCUGUCACGAAAAUGGACUGUUUGUUGGUGGCCAGCUCGUCAAUGCCCCAGUUGUGUAGUAUGUCGCUGUUGUCCGGACAUAAGGUGGAGCAGCAUCAUUCUUCGCAACCACUUCUCAUUAUCCAUUUAUUUUCACCCCCCCCCGACCCUUCUACCAAAUUUUUUAAUCCUCUCAUGGACUCCAAGGAAUUGGAGUUCAGUGGACCAUGA